AUGAUCCUGGUCCGAUCAAAUAAACUAUUAGAGAUGAAGUUAUUCAUUGUGGUGUCACUGUUCUGUGUCGUGGCAGUCACAUGGGGCAAGCCCGCUUCCACUUACACCGAUAAGUGGGAUAACAUUAACGUGGAUGAAAUUUUAGAAUCUAAACGUCUGCUCAAGGGUUAUGUAGAUUGUCUCUUGGAUAGAGGCCGCUGUACACCAGACGGAAAAACCUUAAAGGAAACAAUGCCUGAUGCCUUAGAAAACGAGUGUUCUAAAUGUACACAGAAACAAAAAGAAGGUUCUGACAAGGUUAUCAGGUUUUUGGUUAACAAGCGUGCUGACCUAUGGAAGGAAUUGUCCGCUAAAUAUGAUCCCGACAACAAAUAUCAACAAAGAUACAAGGACAAAAUCGAUUCCGUAAAAGAGAAACAAUAA